UCCUCUGUUCACACGAAAGCUUUACAAUUGAGUGUCAAAGGAAAUGGUUUUAGUCAUAAUUCCAAGCAUUAGAAUUCAAAUCUCUACGCGUUUCUCAUAUUCUUCGUCUUUUAAAUCCCUUAAAAUCGGUUUGAAUUUGAAGAAUUUAAAGUCGAAUAAAUUGAGAUUUAUGUCGGAGGAAGCUCAGCCCUCCACCUCUUCCACGGCGGAAUCUACACCUCCACCGUCACCGUGGCUGAUUGUUGGCCUUGGAAAUCGCGGCUUUGUUUUUAAAGGCACUCGUCAUAACGUAGGUUUUGAGAUGGUAGAUAGAAUAGCAAAUGCUGAAGGGAUUUCCUUGACCAGUGGUUCCUUUAAGUCUUUACUUGGAGAAGGGCAUAUUGGAAACGUUCCUGUCAUACUAUGUAAACCACAGACUUUCAUGAAUGCUAGCGGUCAGUCUGUUGGAGCAAUUGUGUCAUAUUACAAGAUCCCCUUAAAGCAAGUUCUUUUGAUAUAUGACGACUUAGAUCUUCCUUUCGCAAAGCUGCGAUUAUUGUCCAAAGGUGGACAUGGAGGGCAUAAUGGGAUGAAGAGUGUGAUACAUCACCUUGGAGGCAGGCGUGAAUUUAAUCGUCUAAGAAUAGGCAUUGGGCGGCCUUCUGGGAGUAUUGAAGCAUUUAACUUCGUUCUUCGUGCAUUUAGCAAUCUAGAAUCUGAAGAGUUGGAAUUUACAUUUCAAAAGGGGGUAGAAGCAGUACACAUUCUUUUGUCUGAUGGUUUUGAUAAGAGUGCGACGUUCGCGAAUUCUGCAAAACCACUGGACCGGAUUGGUUAAAGUGAAAUGCCUAUGUCGUAUCUGGUUGGGAUGAAAAAAAGUUGGGUAUGAUGAAAUUAAAUUUGAACUGUAGUGAGCUAAAUAUUCGAAAUUUUCAUCCUUCCUCAAUUUGAAGGAAUGCUCCAUUCUCCACCAAUCAUUUUCUUUAAGUUCUAAUCCUCGACAAAUGGUACUGAGCUCCUUUUCUUUUCAAAUUAUUCACCCCUACCCCCCUUAUUUCCCAACAAUUUAUUUCAUUCCGUUGCAUUCUCUACAACCGAAACACAAAAUUUAACUUUUGUUAGCACAUAUCUUGGAUAGCUAGGAGAUACCUAAAUGUGUUGAGAGCUCUACAUAGUAUAUAUUUAGCAUCAACAUUAGUGCACAGGAUCAUCUUUUAAGUACAAUGUUCUGAAGGUUGUAUAUACUACAUUAUUUAUCUCCUUUGCAAUUGAUACAAGAGAAUGAUGUACUGUACGAUUUGUGGAAUAUUUGAUGUAAUAGGAGUUUUUUUUUUUUUUAAUCAUGAGAUCUAGAAUUUGUUAUCUUAA